CAUUGACUGUAACAAUAGCCGAAAAUUCUGUAUUUUGACAGCUGAUUAUUCUGUCAUUCGUUUUGAAAAAUUCUGUAUUUUCCAUCCAAAAUGACGUCUAGAGAUUUUCGAUCAGUUCCACCACCCAAAAAUCUCAAUCAACGCCAAUCAUAUACUCGUUUUGAAGAUGUUCAUGCAAAUGCAUCACAAGCUCGUGCACGAUUCGAAGCACGAAUCAAUUCGGGCACUCAAUUUAGUCGUCGACCAAAAUUCGGUGAUUUUGAAGAUGAAUAUUUUGAACAUGAAGAUGAUGAUGGUCACCAUCAGCCAUCUAAAAGUCCAGCUAAAAACGAUGGUAAUGAUGAUGAUGAGGAAGAAGAUCCAUUAGAUGCAUUCAUGGCUGAAUUGAAUAAAUGUGAACAACAAAAAGCGAACAAAACAAAAAAUAAAAUAUCAUCCCAACAACAACAACAACCCACAAACAAACCAUCGUCAUCCGAUUCGAGUAAAUCAUCAUCAGCUUCCAUGAAAAAAUCCAUGGCCAAGGUGAAAGGAGUUCGACAAGAUAUCGAAGAAGAAGAUCUGGAAGAAUCAUAUUAUAAAUACAUGGAAUCAAAUCCAAUGGCUGGAGUUGGUACAUUCGCUGGUGAUAGUGAUGAUGAAGGGGGUGAAACCAAUGCCAAUGCCACUGAUAAUCAAAUCGAAUACGAUGAUGAUGGUAAUCCAAUUGUAACGUCGACAAAAAAAAUGAUUGAUCCACUUCCAAUGGUCUAUCAUUCACAAAUUGAUUAUCAACCAUUUGAAAAAAAUUUCUAUCAAGAACAUGAAGAAAUUGCUAAAUUAACAGUUGUUGAAUGCCAGGAAUUACGUCGUAAAUUAGGCAUACGUGUAUCGGGACCUUCACCACCGAAGCCAUGUUCAAGUUUUGCUCAUUUUGGUUUUGAUGAACCAUUAAUGAAAUUGAUACGAAAAAUGGAAUUCACACAACCGACACCCAUACAAGCACAAGCAAUACCGACUGCAUUAAGUGGUCGUGAUGUGAUCGGUAUUGCAAAAACUGGUUCAGGAAAAACGGCUGCAUAUCUAUGGCCAUUAUUGAUGCACAUAAUGGAUCAGUCAGAAUUGAAACCAGGUGAUGGACCGAUCGGAUUGAUUCUGGCUCCGACCAGAGAAUUAUCACAACAAAUCUAUCAGGAAGGAAAAAAAUUUGCCAAACCAUAUGGUAUACGAGUACUUUGUGCUUAUGGUGGUGGUUCCAAAUAUGAACAAUCAAAAGAUCUAGAACAAGGUGCUGAUAUUGUUGUUGCUACACCGGGUCGUAUGAUUGAUUUUAUCAAAAUGAAAGCUACAAAUCUAUUAAGGGUAACAUAUCUGGUUUUGGAUGAAGCUGAUCGUAUGUUCGAUAUGGGUUUCGAACCACAAGUACGAUCCAUCUGUAAUCAAGUUCGUCCGGAUCGUCAAACUUUAAUGUUUUCGGCAACAUUUAAGAAAAAAAUUGAAAAAUUAGCUCGAGAUGUUCUAAAUGAUCCGAUUCGUAUCGUACAAGGUGAUGGUGUUGGUGAAGCUAAUCAAGAUGUACAGCAAAUUGUUCAUGUAUUUAAACAUGGUACGUCACAAAAAUGGGAAUGGCUUGUACAGAAUCUCGUUCAAUUUACAUCACAAGGUUCGGUAUUAAUAUUCGUAACGAAAAAAGCAAAUGCACAAGAAUUAUGUGGAAAUUUAGCAUCGAAAACAAAUCAUCAGCCAUUAUUAUUACAUGGUGAUAUGAAUCAAUUGGAUCGUAAUAAGGUGAUCACCGGAUUUAAACGUAAAGAAUCCGAUGUACUAAUUGCAACCGAUGUUGCUGCACGUGGUCUUGAUAUAUCGCAUAUACGAACAGUAAUUAAUUAUGAUCUAGCAUUAGAUAUUGAUACACAUACACAUCGUAUUGGUCGUACUGGUCGUGCUGGUGAACAAGGUAUUGCCUAUACAUUAGUUACGGAAAAAGAUAAAGAAAUGGUCGGUCAUCUUGUACGGAAUUUGGAAUCAGCUAAUCAAAUAGUUUCGGAUGAUCUGAUGAAUUUGGCUAUGCAAUCACAAUGGUUUCGUAAAUCUCGAUUUAAACAAGGUGAUCCUCGUCGAUUAUCAUCAAUUGUUGGUAGUGGUGGUGGUGGUAGCAGUAGAAGACCUAAAUUUGGUUUAGGAUUUGGUAAAUCUGAUUUAAAUUCAUCAUUAUCAUCGUCAACGACAACAAUGGCUACACAAAUAUCAUCAGCACCAUUUAUUCCAUCAUCCAGAUCAAUAGUCGAACAGAUUCAACAUAAUCCAACAAUUAAACAGCAACAAUCAUCCAACGUUAGUGGUGGUGGUGGUGAUCGAAUAUCAUUAAUGCGUGCAGCAUAUAAAGCACAAUUUCGUUCACAAUUUAAAGCUGCAAGUGAUGAAACAUCUUGGAAUAAGUCAUCAUCAUCAUCAUCAUCAUCAACAACAACAAGCCAAGAACAAAAAACGGAAGGAAAAAAUAAAAAAAGUCGUUGGGGUUAAGUGAAAGAAGAAAAAAUCAAUUAUUCAAGAUAAUGCUUCUACCUCUAUACGAGCGUUUGUUUUUUUUGUUCGUUUUUUCGUUUGAUUAUAUAAUAUUUGAAAACAAAAAUGUAUUUAAUCCACCAUAUGCGCAAUAUUUUAUAUAUAUUAUAUUAUCAUCAUUAUGAUUAUAAUUUUUUUUUCUCACCAAACAAUUCUGAUGUUUGUCAUUUUCAUUUUGUUUAGUUAAAUUUUGGCUGGUUGAUAUUUCUUCUUGACACGAUACAAUUGGACCAAUGGGGAAGAAAAAAUGCAUGAAAACAAAAUGAAUAAAUGAUUAUCAUAGUAAUGGUAAUUGUUGUGGUUGUGUGAUGAGCCGAUGAAUUAUUCAGAUAACAAAAACACCAGUUUUCUGGUUUAUUGUUGAGAAUGGCAAAAAAAAAUGGUAAUUGAAUUCUUCUCGGAAGACUAACUGCAACAAGACAGCCUGAUGGCCUUGAUUUCGAAUGUUAUAUAUAUUAGAUUUGGGAAAAAGUCGUGUCGUUUU